AUGGCCGCUGUAUUCACAGUUCGCCUGCUGAGCGGCAUCAGUUUCGAGGUCGAGUUGCCACAUGGGAACCCAUUGGCAAAAGAGGUAAAGAUGGCUAUCAAGGAGGCAAGGAACAUUCCUGUGUAUGACCAGCGCCUGAUCCUUGAUGGACAAGAGCUGCCUAACUUCAGUCUGGUACAGACGGACAAGGAGAUCUUGCUGAUCAUCGGGGCCACCAACAUUACGGAGACUGUGUUGGAUUUUUUGCGAAAUCGAGGAGCCGUGCCUUUCUGUGGGGAUGAGCUCGGCAGUCCUUUGCCAGAGCCGCUGUCAGCCAAAGAGCUGAAGCAACUUGUGGAGCAGUGCCGUCAGAGCUGCAUGGUGGCAUGGGCUUUGGGCGCAGCAAUGUUCAAAACUGUAGACUGCGACGAUGAUCGGAAGAGUAUCCGUGACAGCCCACCACCACAGCUGCUGGACGCUGUUCUCAAACGGCGACCUAUAUUCCUGAAUCCACAGCAAUCUAUGCAUCCCGACUUGGUCACCCGCUGCGAAGAAUGGGCGCUUCGCUGCGACAAGGUCCCUGUCACGGAGGAGUCUGUGCAGCAGUAUCUGGAUGGGCUCCGCGAGGUGGCCUGGGCCAUGCAGACUUCCGAGCAGCGUGCGAAGUUGUUCAGCGACCCCUACGAGCGCGAUAUCCUUGACCUCAAGAUUGGAGAGAUUCCUUGCCAGGCCAUGGUCGACUACCGGGAGCGUUCCUGGAGCCAUGGCCUUUCCGUUGAAGAUGCUUGUGCGGUGGGCCGGCGACGUGAUCAACUUGUUCUGGACCGCUUCGAGCGCGAUGUCCUCGAUAGAUGGGAGAGACCAGAGGGUGCUCUCCUUGCUCGCCGUGACUACGCUGCUGCUUGUGGCGGUGAGGGCCAGGACACCGCACACGGCUGGGUCGAGUUGCUGUCUCCUGACCACCAGGUUCUGCGCCCCACAGAAGCUCCGCGGAAAGUGCUCGUAAUCGAUGCUUGCACUUCCCCUGCUUUCGUGGGGCUCAUCGAUGUGAACGACAGAGAACCAGGCUGCAAAGAGUCUCGACAGCUUCCUCUUCCGGGGUCAGCUUCCGGCGACUGGUUGCCAGUUUUUGCCGACCUUCAGCUUCGCCCAGAAGACCAGCCAGUGGUGCUGGUCGAGCCGAUGCACGCCAAGCGAGCCUGGCGAGAGCAGGUUUGCAAAGACUUGCUUCGCGCUGGUGUUCCAUCGCUUGCAUUUGUUCCUUCGGCGGUGGCUGCAUGUCAGAUCCACUUUUGCACGGCAAUCAUUGACAGCAUGAUCGUUGUUGAUGUCGGCGCUGCGCACCUCUCUGUGACACCCCUCUGUGAGGGCUACCUCCUCGUGCCGGCGAUCGUCUCAGAGGACUUGGACCCUGAGGCACCAGCCUGGCCGCAGAUCUCCAGUGCCAUACAGACGGCAGUUCGCCGCUGCCCCCUGGAGACAACCAGAAGCCUGCGCAGGCGAGAUCCCAUUGUGGCCGACGAUGGAGUUGUGCAGGAAUACGUCUACGGAGCAGCGCCCUUUUCGAGGCGCGUGCAUCUCAUCGGCAGUCGAAGCUCCGAAGCUCUCGCCCAGCAGCUGCAGAACGGGUCGGGAGGGAUGCUGUCAGCGACGGCCGACGGACCGGAUGCCGCGUGGCGGGGUGCGGCCAAGGUGUGCCGGCACCCACAGCUGCAGAGCUUCUUGACCACCAGAGAGGAGAUGCUUGGAUUUACCGAGUCACGUUCUUCAGUUUCAGAGUUCUGGCCCUUUCGGCGCUUUGACUGUCUCGAGUCAGACCCUCUCUGGUUCUGCUGA